AUGUAUAAUAAUAAUAGAUUUAUAUGUAUAUUAUUGUAUUUGUUGUUACUAUUGCUAUUUGUUAAUAGUCAAUCAACAAGAAAUACACCUCAUACAUCAACAACAACAAAUAUAAUUCAAGAUGAACCAGGAGGAAUACCAUUUAAAUUACAAAUAUUAUUAAUUGGAUUUCAAAGAGAUGGUGGAUAUGGUUAUAGUUUGGAUAACAAGUCAUUACAACAACUAUUGUUUGAUUCAUUCCCAACACAUAGACCUCGUUCCAUUCAUACAUCAAUCUAUAGUAAACUAUUUCAUAUCUUUGAUGAUCAAGAAAGAUUGUAUCACCCAAAACCAUUACUAUCACACUAUGAUAUCGAUUAUCAAGUCAAACAUUUACCAACUUCAACUUUAUUACAAUUGGAAUCAAAAAUGUCUUCUCUUUUACAAUCUACUGAAUCGAAUGUUGAUAAUGAAAAUUAUUAUUUAGCAAUUGAAGAAUUGGAAGUAUUUUAUGAAAAUGAAAUUAGAUUAUCAAGUCAAUCAAAUCAACCAGUUUAUACUAUAUUCUUUGUCAAUCCAUCAAAAGAGAGAUUAUUAUCAUCGGGUGGAUUAGUAUACCAAUAUAAAUUGGGUAAUCAUAUAACUGCACCUGCUUGGAUUGGUGCAAGUAGAUAUAUUGUGGUAGAUCUAAGUGCUGGUCCUCUCAAAUAUGGUUCAACUCUACACAAAUCAACAGAAGAAAAGAUUUCAGAAGGAUCAGUUUCUCAUGAUUCAUUACCAAGAUUAAUUGAAUAUUUUCAAAAUAAGGAAUAUUCUGGUACAAGUUUACAAGGUGCUUCUCAAGUUGAAAUUGAAGCACAUUUAUCAUCAAUUAUAAUUAAUAGUUUACAAAAUGUUUAUUUAUCAGAUACAAAUUAUGAUUUUAUACCUUUAUUUCAAAAAGUUCUCAUUCCCAUUUUAAUAUUUAAGGAUUAUGAUCCAAAUGAUCAAACGAUCAAAGUAGAUAUUGAUCUAAAUCUAAUUGAAAAGGAAUCAAAAAGAAUAUUCCCAUUCUCUGAUGUCAAAGUCGUAAUGGGUGCUCAUUCAAUUCAUGAACAUAAACAUAUUUCAAUGGCUCUUGCAAAAUCAAUCAAAUCUCAUUCUUCUUUUGAAUUGAAUCCAAUUACAAAUAAAUUUGAAUCAAGUUUAAAAACAUUUAUUGAUAGUAAAGAAUUAUUAUUAAAAUUAAAAAGUGAAGAUGAUAUACUUGCUUCUGGUUUAAUUGGUGAAGAAAAUUCAAAAAUCCCUACCAAUUUUAAUCAAAAAGAUAAUAUACAAAGAACAAAAAUAUUACCAAUUUAUAUAUUUUCAUUAAUAAAUACAGAUGAAAAUAUAUUAUUGGAUAAAUACCAUUUACAAGUAUCGGAUCAAGAAGCAAUUGUAGUAUUACAUUCACCCUAUCAAUUCCAAGGAAUUCAUUAUCAAGGAUCACAGGUGGUCGAUAUUAAACCAAAACUAAUUAAUCGUAAUAUUGUUGCAGGAUUGGCAUCUUGUCAAGGUCUAUUGGGUCCAACCUUUAGAUACUCUCCACAACAUGAUAAAAUUAAAAACAACUAUCUUUGGUCAUUUGGUCAUCAUCCUUUUGGUUUCUUUGGCAACACUUCAGAAAUCUCUCAAAUCUUUACAGAUAUUAUCACAAGAAAUACUAUUAUUACUAGUAUUCAAAGUUCAACAGAUAUUUUAAAUCAAGCUUUACAAUUAAUUUCAGAUUUUACAAAUAAAUAUUUAUUAGAUUCAUUAGGAUUUGAUAUUGAUGAAAAUGUACCAUCUGGAGGUUUAUUAAUUGAUAGAUUCUAUCAUUCCCCACCAAGUAAAUUACCAAUCAUCAAAGAAUCUAUCAAAAAACUACACGAUGAAUUGGAUAUCAUCUAUGAUUCAACCAAACAUUCUUUGGAUCUAUUACAAACUCUUUCUCCUGAUUUAAUUAUGAAAAAAUCACAAAAAGAAAUAAUAUCAAAACAAUUAAUAUUAUUGAAUAGUCAAGUAUCUGGAUUCUAUGAUUAUGUUGAAGCAGAAUUAAAACAAACCGAAUCACAAUUGGAAUGUUGCAAGAUCAAUUCCAUCACUAUUGGUAAACCUUCUAAAUUUACAACAUCCAAAUCAAUCUUUGUAUUGUCAUCACUUGCAUUACUCAUAAUUCUAUUCAUAAUGACAACAAAUAAUUAUAAAAAUAAUCAAGCAAAGAAAAAGAAAUAA